AUGGCAGGGUACGGCUAUCUGGGGCUGGGGCUGUUCUGCUGGGUCCUGCUUGCUGUUCCUGCGGGCCCCCAGCCUGCCUCCUCUGUCCCAGGGGCCCCUCUCACCACUUUGACCCCCCCACCCCAGAGUGAGGCCUCUAUGCUGUCUCUCAACCUGGGACUUAACUUCAAAUUCCACCUUCGGGGACCAGCUGCUGUCUGGGGGAACCCUAUCACGGAGACCCAGGCACUUUCUCCCAGGCCGAGCCGGGAGCCCAGGGCAGAGGCAGCCGAUGGGCUGAGGACUGACCCGCUUUGGGAACUGCUGAUGGGCUCUCUCGGAAACUCCCCGCCAGAGUGGGGCUCUGCAGAAGGCAGCUCUACUCCGCGGGCCUCCUCCCCGGCUCUGGAGUCCGCGUCCCUCCUCUCGGGGCCUGCUGAUGGGCCCACUGUGCCCUAUCGGCCCGGGAUGGGCACUGUGACCUGGGACACUGCUCUGACAGCCACGGCAACUCCAUCCAGUGCGCCCAGGCUCCGCCAGAGCGAGCUGGAGCUGAAGUUCAACGUGGCGUUGAGAGCAGGCGCGGCCCCCACGCUCGGGCAUCGAAUGCUGCCCCUGCUGCCCAGCCUGCGGGCCAGCCUGGCAGAGAUUGCUGGGCGCCUGGGACCCUUUGGGUUCUUUGGCACUACAGUGUCCCCGCUCCGGAACUUAUCAGGCCCGAGUCCCCCAGGCCCAAUUACAUCCCCAGGCUCUGCCUCUGGAGUUUCAGAUUCUCCAGGAUUCUUUGGCACCACUCUGUCCCCGCCCCCAUCCCCCCAGGAAAGAAAGCUCCCAAGUCCAAGGCCACUGGACCCAGCUGCUUCUCUAAGCUCUGCGUUAAUUGCAACAGCAUCAUUAGAGUCCACCACCCCCACCUCUGGCCUGGACGACCCCUCUCCUGCCAGCCUUGGGAAACUUUCGGUGCAGCCAGAGUGUGGGCCAGGGUCCUGCAGUAUCAGAGAGCGGCCUGAACGCGAGGGGCAGCAGCCUGCAGCCCCCCUGCCCCUCUUCUUCCUGACCCUGGAGGCCGACUGGGCAGAGGCCAAGGCUCGCUGGGGUCUGGCCUGGGAGGCCCACGUGUACGGGGUAGGCGCUCUCUUCGGCCUGGUGGCCCUGCUGGCGCUGCUGGCGCUGGCCCUCCUUCCUUGGCGCUGCCCACCCGGCGCCCCCUGCCUGGCGCUGCUGGACAUGCUCCUGCUCUCGGCCGGGACCACGCGGGCCUUCCCGCUCUUCUACGACGCCUACGGGCACCGCGACCGGCUGCCGGCGCUGGCCUGGCUGCUGCUGCAGGACCUCCCGCUGCCCUGCCUGGCCGCCGGCCUGGGCCUGGCCUGCCUGCUGCUGGCCCGGCCGCGCCCGCCGCGCUGCCCCGCCGGCCUGGCCGCGCUGCUGCUCCUGGGGCUGGGGCUGGCGGCCGCCGCCGCCCUCGGGAGCGCCGCCCACCGCCCGCUGCGGGCUCUGCGGCUCGCCUCCCGCGGGCUGCACGCCUUCCUCGCCGCCCUCCUUUCCGGGCUGCUGCUGGCGCUGUCCUGCUGGGGGGGCCGGCGGCGGCGGGCCGGAGCGCCCCUGGGAGGGGCCGGCUUCAAGGGCGCCACGCCUCUCCCGCAGGCGCGCAGCCCCUUCGGCCCGCGCGAGUCCUGGAGGCGAGCGGCGCGCACGGCCCCGGUGGCCGGCACCUUCGGGCUGCUGAGCGGAGCUCUGCAGGGCUACGAGGUGCUGCACGCCCUGGGCUACGGCGGCCAACCUGGCCUGGAGGGGCCCUGGCCCUGGUGGGCCUUCCAGCUCGGCCUGCGCCUAGGCGAGGUGGGCGUUGCGCUCCCGUUGGCGCUGCUGGGCCUCUACCCCGCGCUCUGCAGUUCCCGCGUGCCGCCGCGCUGCUGGGCCAAGCUCUUCCGCCUGUCCCCGGGCCAUGCCGCCCCGCUGCUGCCCGGAGGCUGGGUCACCGGGGCUCCGGACAAGAAGCCGCUGGGGAGCUCCAUCGCGCGUGGCGACGCGGAACUGCUGCAGCUGUGCGCCCUGGCCGGACCGGGCCCCGACCUCCUCCUCCAGGGAGGAGGCUGCCGGAGCUUCGAUGGCGCGGCCGCCCACCCGGCGCCUUCCCCGGCCUCGUCUCCCUGCAGCGAUGACACCGUGGACUUCCGCCCGCCCUCCCCCAUCAACCUGAGGCGCAGCAUCGAGGAGGCCCUCUGCAGCGAAGCCCUGCUGGCGCCCGGCCUCUUCCAGGUCCCGGCCUUCGGGGAAACUCUGCCUAGCCUUGGCGUCUACCGCACCGCCUCGCUGGGGGCUCAGACCGGGGCCGGGCCCAUUGGGAGGUCUGGGGAGGCCCCUGGCUCCCCGGCACCCCGCGAGGUCCCCUCUCCUGGGACCUGGCCCGCGGGCAGCAGCGCCUCCUCCGGCUCGCUGUGCGGACUCUCGCGGGACAGCUCGUCCGUUCUCCUAUGCUCCAGCCCGGACAGGGCCCCGCGCUGUCCGCUGGUCUGCGUCCUCAGCCCUCCGCGGCCCUCAGGAAGCAGCCCCAGCCUCCCGGCCUCAGGAUCCUACCAGGCCCUGUCCCCACCCUCCCGCGACUCCCCAGAACCUGCUCCUGAGCUGCAGGCCGAAGAGGCCUUGCUGCAGGAGCAAUUCCUGGACGCCUGCCGACAGAUUGACGAGCUGAGCAUGGGCAGCGACACCAUAGACCUGUGA